AUGUUCUUUACCGCUUGUGAAGAAGGUGCCGAAAGGAGUACUUUUCCUAGUCUUUCGCAUUGGGAAAGUGCUCUUGCCUCUGAUUCUGGCAAAGGUAGCCGUUUCACUUGGGCGCAGACUCUUAGGGUCAGGAUAGGGCCGUCCUUGUCGGAACAAUUUCCUGUUCUUCGCAUGCCAACUCCGGAGUUUCGGGAGGGGAUUGCCGCCUUCGAUGAGGUUCGGCCCCACUUGCUCUCUGAAGAGCAGCGACGACUGGAACUCCAACGGGAGAGUUAUCCCCAUGUGGAGUCGCAGGAGAGGACCGAGGCGCAGGCUCCUUCUCUGGAAAACUUGAAGCGCUUGCUAAAUGCGCAUGAAUCGGUCGCCCAUACAAUUACUCUCAUCUGCCGAGAAGUCAACACAAUUCCGCUGGGGGAGUUUCAGGGCGAGCGCCUGGCAGAAAUCGCCGAGGAAUUGUAUGGAGCGGAAAGGAUGGGAGAGAUCGCCGAGAGUCUCCAAAGGGAGGGGGGAGUGGUUAGGCGGGCCCCUCUCAUAAUCGUAUUAGGCUUUGUCCGAGUACCGUGGAAAGAUUUUCCUUCAAUGAGGGACGUCUACCUUUUCUACGACAAAAUAUCUCACCGGGGAGGGGUGCCUAAUGUGAUUCCACUCUACCUGGAAAGUCAGAAAGAAUGGAAACCCCCUUUCGAUCUACUAAAUGGAAAGUAG